UUCUCCCAGUGAAUAUCCAUCCGUCUGUAGGUCACUGUGAAUGUAAUGCUCAAGUGCAGGAUUUGUAACCCGCAGAAUGAGGGAUGAUCUGCAUUAGCACUAAAAGGAAGACAGGAAUGAAAGCAGCUGGCAUUGACCUGGAGCCAAGCAACAGACUCAGCAAUCCAAGCAGCAAGCAUCCCUCCCUGCCCCCAGCUAAUCAGCACCACUAGAGACUGACAUGUAUGCAGAGGACAGAGUUCUACAUGUAUCCAGAGAGUGAUGGCAGGGAACACAGGCUCUUCCAUACAACGACAAAGUAUUGCAUCUGCAAAUAUCCACUGUCUGUGCCAGGAAGGGAAAUCAGAGAUGAAGAGGUAGGGGAUCGAGCAAGAGUAAAACUAGUGACGUACAUUGGUAGAGGGACACAGAAGCUGGCAGAAGCAGAGAGAGAGGUGCAGAGAAAGACACAGAGAGGGGGUGAGCCCUCACACUGCAGCAAAUGUUCCAACAUUUCCUGCGAAAUGAUUCUGAGGCGGAGUUGGCAGGCAUAAUAAAGGGUAUCGGGUUUGAUGGUAGCUUACACAUUGAAGAGAAUAGUCAGAGUGAUCAGGAGCAGGAGAAAGAAGACUGGCUCCAUAACAGGCAGCAACAGGAAUGUGGGAGAAUAUACAAUGAGCAUUUGGAGGAAGAGAGGCAGAACAGAAGAGGCCAACAGCAGCAAGAAGAAGAGAGUCUAUGUAAAGAACAUCAGGAGGAAGAAAUACUCUUUAGAGAGGAUCAGGGAGGAAAUCUCAUUAGGAAACAGCAUGAGAAUGUAAGGCUACACAGGGAUCAGUUUGAUGAGGAGGAAAGGCUCCGCAGAGAAUACCAGGAAGAAAAGAUCCGUGGGGAACAGUAUGAGGAGGAGAGGCUUCGCAGAGAGCACCAGCAAGAUGCCAGGCUUUGCAGUGAGCAGCAAGAGCAGAAACUCCGCAAACAGCACCUGGAAGAAGUUGAAAGAAUACGAAGAGAUCAUCUAAGACAACCCCAAGCACAGCACGAGGACAAGAGGACCAUUAAGGAAAAGUUCUCACAAGUGGAUUCUGAUAUCUUGCCUAACAUGAUCAGGCACAUUAAAGAGGACGUCGAAGAAGAGGACAGUUGGGAAGAUGAAGAUUCUAGCCACAGUUUGACAGUUCUGCCUACAAAGCUGUGUUGCCCCCAAGCACUGACUCCACUCAGCCCUUCUAGACCCAAGAGUCCAUGGGGCAGGUUUGAUCCGUAUGACUCCUUUGAGGAGGACAGAGAAUAUGUGGGAUUUGCCACCCUUCCCAACCAGAUGCACAGAAAAUAUGUGAAGAAAGGCUUUGAAUUUACUCUCAUGGUUGCAGGAGAAUCUGGUCUAGGAAAGUCUACGCUAAUUAACAGUCUGUUCCUAACUGAUCUAUAUCGAGACCGCCACAUACUAAGCCCAGAAGAACGUGUCACACAAACAGUCGAGAUAGUGAAGCAAACAGUGGACAUACAGGAGAAAGGAGUGCGACUGCACCUGACAAUAGUGGAUACACCAGGCUAUGGGGAUGCUAUCAAUAAUGAAAGCUGUUGGAAACCAGCGGCUGAUUAUAUCGACCAGCAAUUUGAGCAGUAUUUCAGGGAUGAGAGUGGAUUAAACCGCAGGAAUCUUCAGGACACGCGUGUACACUGCUGCCUCUACUUCCUGUCACCAUUAGGACAUGGGAUGAGACCCAUGGACAUAGAAUUUCUGCGAGCUCUACAGGACAAAGUGAAUAUUGUCCCCAUCCUGGGGAAAGCCGACAGCCUGACACCUACAGAGCUGCAACAAAAGAAGCAACGGAUUCGAGAUGAAAUAGAAAAGUACGGAAUUCGAAUUUAUCAAUUUCCAGAAUGUGACUCCGAUGAAGAUGAAGACUUUAAACAGCAGGACAUACAACUGAAAAAAAGCAUUCCAUUUGCCGUCAUUGGAGCUAAUACCAUCAUAGAGGUUAAUGGCAGGCGUGUAAGAGGCCGUAUGUACCCCUGGGGUGUUGUUGAAGUGGAGAAUGAGGAGCACUGUGACUUUAUCAAGCUGCGCACUAUGCUGAUUCGCACUCAUAUGCAGGAUCUGAAGGAUGUAACAAGAGAAACUCACUAUGAGAACUACCGUGCCCAGUGCAUCCAGAAUCUGACACAGCGAGUGGUGAGGGAGAGAAAUCGCAAUAAGCUGACCAGAGAGAGUGGUACAGACUUCCCAAUCCCAAGCAUGCCUCCAUCACCAGAUCAUGAAACACAAAGACUUAUCCGUGAAAAAGAUGAGGAGCUGCGGCGAAUGCAUGAGGUUCUGCAGAAGAUGCAGAGGCAGAUAAAGGACUCACAAUAACCGGAACCGAUCCUCUCCAGUGUAAAAGAUCCUCAUAUUGUCCUUCAUUUUACCUUUCACUCGGUGACCAAUGGUUUAAGAUAGAAGUAUAUAAAAAGCCCAGGUGCUCCCUGCAGGAAAGUUGCUCACUGCUGAAAGGUUGCCAGUAUAACAAAGGCAGACAUUUUAAUGAAUUAUAAGCAGGAUCUCAGAAAACAACCCUGUGGGGGUUUUUAUUACAAAGGUGAUGCCGAGGGAGUACAAAAUGAAAGCUUUAGGGCAGA